AUUAAUAAACAAAAUAAAAAAGAUAAUUUCCUGUCACGGCAAGACAGAACCAGAACCAGCAAAGCAGUGUGUCUAUUGUGUGUGUCCGCGCCGGGGAAGAGGCCCCAUUUUCUCCUCCCUCUAUUUAUUCAUUCAUUCAUUCACUCUUCUCUAUUCGUUACGAUCAUCACAUCUUCCAUGGCCUCUUCAAUUUCAAUUCCCGCACCAGAGGCUAUUCAGGUUCUCCUCUCAUUACUAGCGGAUGAUUCUUCCUCCGUUAGAAAAUCCUCCAUGUCUUCUCUCAAAGACCUUGCCUCACUAAAUCCUGUUCUGGUUCUCGAGUGCUGUGCGUCGGUUUCACGCGGUGGACGUCGACGAUUUGGAAAUAUGGCUGGAGUUUUUCAAGUUAUGGCGUUUGGAGUUCGAGCUCUUGAUGAAAGAGAUGUUGAUUCUGCUUUUAUGACUAAGCUUGCUAAGAUUGCUACAUCUGAGAUGACAUCCUCUAAGGAACUCAAUUCUGAUUGGCAACGAGCAGCAAUCAGCCUACUUGUUGCAAUAGGGUCACAUUUACCAGAUCUUGUGAUGGAAGAAAUUUUUCUUCAUUUAUCGGGGACAAAUUCAGCAUUGCAGGCUAUGGUUCAAAUCCUUGCAGAAUUUGCUUCUAGCAGUCCCUUGCUGUUCAUUCCCCGCUGGAAAGGUGUACUUUCACGAAUUUUGCCAAUUCUUGGAAAUGUGCGAGACAUCCACCGGCCAACUUUUGCAAAUGCAUUCAAGUGUUGGUGCCAAGCUGCUUGGCAAUAUAGUAUAGAUUUUCCUUCACAUUUUCCGCUAGAUGGUGAUGUCAUGUCAUUUCUAAAUUCUGCUUUUGAGCUUUUGUUAAGAGUUUGGGCAGCUUCACGGGACCUAAAGGUUCAUGUAGCAUCCGUUGAAGCACUUGGGCAGAUGGUUGGUCUCAUAACACGGACACAAUUAAAGGCAGCCUUACCAAGGCUUGUUCCUACAAUUUUGGAUUUGUAUAAAAAGGAUCUCGACAUUGCUUUUCUAGCUACAUGUAGUCUCCACAAUCUGUUGAAUGCCUCUUUACUGUCCGAAAGUGGCCCUCCUAUGCUUGAUUUUGAGGAUUUGACUCUUAUUUUAGUGACACUUCUACCUGUGGUAUCUAUGAAUAAUGAAAGCAAAGAUCAAACAGAUUUCUCUGUUGGAUUAAAGAUGUAUAAUGAGGUGCAGCAUUGCUUUCUUACAGUUGGCUUGGUGUAUCCAGAUGAUUUGUUUCUGUUUCUUGUAAAUAAAUGUAAGUUGAAGGAAGAAGCAUCGACUUUUGGUGCACUUUGCGUAUUGAAACAUCUUUUGCCAAGGCUAUCUGAAGGUUGGCAUAGUAAAAUACCUCUACUGGUUGAAGCUGUAAAGUCCUUGUUAGAGGAGCAUAAUUUAGGUGUUCGAAAGGCACUUUCUGAGUUAAUUGUGGUUAUGGCUUCGCACUGUUACUUGGUUGGUUCACCUGGAGAGUUGUUCAUUGAAUAUCUGAUACGCAAUUGCGCUUUAACAGAUCAAAAUCAGAGUGAUCUUGAUAGCACACCAAAUAAGAGAAAAGAGAUGAAAAUUGGAACAGUUUCUCCUGGUGAGUUACGAGCAGUUUGUGAAAAAGGUCUCCUGUUGGUAACUAUUACGAUUCCUGAAAUGGAGCAUAUCCUUUGGCCUUUUCUGUUGAAGACGAUUAUACCACGGACCUACACUGGUGCUGUUGCCAUGGUUUGCAGGUGCAUCUCAGAACUGUGGCGGCAUAGAUCUUAUGGGAGUGAUAUGUUAAGUGAGUGUAAAACCCGUCUUGAUAUUCCAACUGCCGAGGAACUUCUUGCUCGUUUUGUGGUGCUUUUACAUGAUCCUCUAGCAAGGGAGAAAUUGGCCACCCAGAUUUUGACAGUUCUAUGUCUUCUGGCACCUCUAUUUCCGAAAAAUAUCAAUUUGUUUUGGCAAGAUGAGAUUCCGAAGAUGAAGGCUUAUGUUAGUGAUACAGAUGACUUGAAACAAGAUCCAUCAUAUCAAGACACUUGGGAUGACAUGAUAGUCAAUUUUCUUGCAGAAUCUUUGGAUGUGAUUCAAGAUGCAGAUUGGAUUAUGUCUCUUGGAAAUGUAUUUGCCAAACAUUAUGAACUUUAUACAUCUGAUGAUGAACAUGCUGCACUUCUUCACCGAUGCUUGGGGAUUCUGCUUCAAAAGGUUAAUGACAGAGUUUAUGUCCAUGAUAAAAUGGAUUGGAUGUAUAAGCAGUCCAACAUUGCAAUCCCAACAAAUAGGCUUGGUUUGGCAAAAGCAAUGGGACUGGUUGCUGCAUCUCACUUGGAUACAGUGUUGGAGAAGCUGAAGGAUAUUAUAGACAAUGUUGGACGAACCAUAAUUCAGAGGAUACUAUCAUUGUUCUCUGAUAGUUUCAGAACAGAAGAGUCUGAUGACAUACAUGCUGCCUUGGCUUUAAUGUAUGGAUAUGCUGCGAAGUAUGCCCCUUCAUCAGUUAUUGAAGCCAGAAUAAAUGCCCUUGUUGGCACCAACAUGCUUUCAAGGCUUCUUCAUGUGCGUCAUCCUAUAGCAAAGCAAGCUGUGAUCACAGCAAUUGAUUUACUAGGUAAUGCUGUCAUUAAUGCUGCUGAAAGCGGGGCACCAUUUCCAUUGAAAAGAAGGGAUCAACUGCUUGAUUAUAUUUUAACUUUAAUGGGUCGAGAUGACAAUGAUGGCUUUGCUGAUUUAAAUGAACUCUUGCGUACUCAGGCUCUUGCUAUAAGUGCCUGCACUACGUUGGUCUCUGUGGAGCCAAAGCUAACGGUUGAAACUAGAAACUAUGUGAUGAAGGCCACAUUGGGGUUCUUUGCGAUACAAAAUGAUCCAGUUGAAGUCGUCAAUCCCCUUAUAGACAACCUGGUCUCUCUCUUAUGUGCAAUUCUGCUCACUGGUGGAGAGGAUGGAAGAAGUCGAGCAGAGCUGCUAAUGCUUACGGUGCGGCAAAUUGAUCAAUUUGUCUCUUCCCCUGUUGAAUAUCAGAGGAAAAGAGGUUGUCUUGCAGUCCAUGAGAUGCUUCUCAAGUUUCAGAUGGUUUGUGUUAGUGGCUAUUGUGCACUGGGCUGCCAUGGGAAUUGUUCACAUACCAAGCAAAUUGACCGUGCUCUAUAUGGGAAUUUUUCUAAGCUACCAUCUGCAUUUGUAUUGCCAAGUCGCGAAGCUUUGUGCUUGGGAGAUAGGGUAACAAUGUAUCUUCCACGUUGUGCGGACACAAAUUCUGAAGUCCGAAAGAUAUCGGCGCAAAUUCUUGAUCUACUCUUCAGCAUUUCUCUUUCUCUUCCAAAACCUCCUGGUUUGUCUAUAUCUGCUGAAGAUAUAGAAUUGUCAUACAGUGCUUUGUCUUCUCUUGAAGAUGUUAUAGCCAUGCUGAGGAAUGAUACCUCUAUUGAUCCAUCAGAAGUUUUCAACAGGAUCAUUUCCUCCCUCUGCAUUCUUUUGACCAAGGAUGAGCUGGUUGCUAUGCUUCAUGGUUGCUCAGUAGCUAUAUGUGAUAAGAUCAAGCAGUCAGCUGAAGGAGCUAUUCAAGCUGUCGUUGAGUUUGUCACAAGGAGAGGGAGUGAAUUGACCGAGAUUGAUAUCUCAAGGACAACACAAUCAUUGAUCUCUGCCACUGUGCAUGCAACUGACAAACAUUUACGUGUGGAAACUCUCGGUGCUAUUGCUUCUUUGGCUGAAAAUACUAGUGCAAAAACUGUUUUUGAUGAAGUCCUGGCUACUGCUGGAAGGGAUAUAAUAACGAAGGAUAUAUCUAGGCUGCGUGGUGGAUGGCCCAUGCAGGAUGCAUUCUAUGCAUUUUCGCAGCACUUGGUUCUGUCAGAGUUAUUUCUAGAACAUGUGAUAUCUGUCCUUAGCCAGAUUCCUAUCCUUAAAUGUGAUGUAGACAGAGUUGAGGAUAGCCAGGUCCACACACAUACAGAGGAUGGCAAUUUGGAAGCUGCAAUUUUUGCUCUUACUGCUUUUUUCAGAGGUGGGGGAAAAGUUGGAAAAAGGGCCGUUGAACAAAACUAUGCUUCUGUUCUUUCUGAGCUGAUGCUACAACUUGGAAGCUGCCAUGGGUUAACUUACUCUGGUCACCUUGAACCAUUGCGAGUUUCAGAGUUGUCUCCUUCUGUCUCCUUCCUCUGCCGUUUCAUCGUCCUCAGCCGUUUCAUCGUCCUCUGUGUUCGCUGCGCCUGUUCGACUUCCCGUUUGUGUUUGCCACGCCUGUUCGUCUGCGCCGCCGUUGCUCUUCGUCACUGGAAUCUUCUGACUGCAUUCCAGGCAUUUUGUGAAUGUGUUGGUGACCUUGAGAUGGGAAAGAUUUUAGCUAGAGAUGGGGAACUUUCUGAAAAUGAGAGGUGGAUUAAUCUCAUUGGAGACAUAGCCGGCUGCAUAUCUAUAAAGCGGCCAAAAGAGAUCCAAAAUAUUUGUCAAUUUUUGAAAAGAUCAUUGGACCGACCCCAGAAAUACCAAAGGGAAGCUGCUGCUGCUGCCUUGUCCGAAUUUGUUCGUUAUAGUGGUGGACUUGGGUCGCUUUUGGAGCAAAUGGUUGAGGUUUUAUGUAGACGUGUAUCAGACGAGUCUUCUACUGUUCAGCGCUUUUGUUUGAGAGGAUUAGUACAGAUCCCAUCAAUUCAUAUUCUGAAGUUUACAACUCAAGUCCUGGGUGUUAUAUUAGCUCUGCUAGAUGAUUCUGAUGAAUCUGUACAAUUAACCGCAGUAUCGUGCUUAUUGAUGAUUCUCGAAUCUUCACCUGAUGAUGCUGUUGAGCCCAUUUUGCUUAAUCUUGCAAUACGACUUCGAAAUCUACAAACAAGCAUGAAUGCAAAGAUGCGAGCCAGUUCCUUCGCAGUAUUUGGAGCACUAAGCAACUAUGGAACUGGGACACUAAGAGAGCCAUUUGUUGAGCAGGUACAUGCUGCUGUUCCUCGUCUGGUUUUGCAUCUUCAUGAUGAAGAUGUUAGUGUCCGACUAGCCUGCCGGAAUACCCUGAGACGAGUUUUCCCGUUGAUGGAAAUUGAUGGAUUGCUAGCCCUGCUAAACACACCGAGUUUCCUUUCUGAUCACCGAAGUGACUAUGAGGAUUUUCUACGAGACAUUGCAAAGCAAUUUACGCAGCAUCUUCUUUCCAGAGUUGAUACUUAUAUGGCGUCAACAGUGCAGGCUUUUGAUGCACCAUGGCCUAUAAUUCAGGCAAAUGCUAUGUACUUAUGCAGCAGCUUGCUUUCUUUAUCGGACAAUCAUCAUAUUUUAGCUGACUACCAUACACAGGUAUUUGGGAUGCUGGUUGGAAAAAUGAGUCGAUCACCUGAUGCCGUUGUAAGGGCAGCAUGUUCUGCAGCUUUGGGCUUGUUGCUCAAAUCUUCCAAUUCAUGUUCAUGGAGAGCAGUUCAUCUUGAUCGGUUAGAGUCAGACAAUAAGGAACAAUGAUGCGGAGUCCAUAAUAAACUAGUAAUAACCCAAUGAUAAGCAACCAUGAAGAACUAGUUUUUGGAAGUGGAUCAGUCUGCUGCUCAUGCUUAUUUAUUGGUUUCAUAAAAGUCAUCUGCCUACGGAUGGAUCCACAGUGGCGUCUUGUACAGUGUUUGUUGUAAGCAAUCUCCUCGUUUUUUUGUUUGUUAAAUGUAAGUUAAUGUUCAAUUGAUUGUGUUGUUGUAUAUUAAUUACACUUCCAUGAAACUCGCACAUCACAUUCGAGAUUUCAUUAGUUUCUAUGUAUUGAUUAUUUAUCUUUAGAAUUA